CAAAAAAUGGCUACAAUUCGUCGAAAGUUGGUAAUUGUCGGCGACGGUGCUUGCGGAAAGACGUGCCUUUUAAUUGUAUUUAGCAAGGAUGAUUUUCCUGAAGUUUAUGUUCCUACUGUUUUUGAGAAUUAUGUGGCUGAUAUUGAGGUUGAUCAACGGCAGGUUGAACUUGCUUUGUGGGAUACUGCUGGACAGGAGGAUUAUGACCGUCUUCGUCCUUUGAGUUAUCCUGAUACCAAUGUCAUCCUCAUGUGCUUUAGCAUCGAUUCGCCGGAUUCUCUUGAGAAUAUUAUUGAGAAGUGGACUCCGGAGGUUCGUCAUUUCUGUCCGAACGUCCCAAUUAUUCUUGAUCUUCGAAACGAUCCGCAGACUUUGAAAGAAUUGGCUAAAAGCAAGCAGGAGCCUGUGACUAGUGAAGCAGCUCAAGCUGUUGCUCAGCAAAUUGGAGCGUAUGCAUAUUUGGAAUGUUCGGCUAAAUAUAAGGAGGGAGUUCAAGAAGUUUUUGAAACUGCUACACGUGCAGCUCUUCAACAAAAGAGUAAAAAGCGAAAGGGAUGUUCUGCUCUUUAG